CUUCUCGUCUCUUCAUUGAGAAAUACUUCUCCACGCCACUUUCUCUUCUCCUUCUUACCCGCUGAUCGAAGGAAGUAAAGAAAUAAUCGUGCGAAACACAAGGAGCAAGAUUCAAUUCAACUCCCUCAAUCUUCUUCAUCUCUCCUUCCACCAUGAAAUACCUCGAAGAUGAAUCCCUCUCGGCGUUGACGGCGGCAUUAUCAGAUGCGGUACUUGGCCAGCAGCGGCAACGUGUAAUACAUGGACGCGUGGAGGCUUUCACCAUGAAACGGGCAGGGAACGAUAAAAAACUAGCACAAACAUUGGGCAAUCGCUACGUAGCGGAACUCCAAUUACAAGAAGACGAAUGGGCUUCACGCGUGGACUUUCAGAAGCGUAAAACCACUUCAAAUAUUCCUCGAAACGUUCAGUCUCACCUAAGGAACAAGAGUGGGAGUUUGACCUCCUUUGAUGGCAAAACUGAGACAACUCCACGUAAACGAUCGCAGUCAACAGGUACAAUCUCCGACGAAAUGGUCCGUCCGUUCAAGCAGCCUCGGAGAAGUCGUGCGUCCUCCUUCGACAUCUCAACACCUAGUAAGAGAUCUAAUAUGCCGAAGCAAAAAAUCGGACUUGGAGACUUUACAGAACAAGCAACUCGUCGUCUCAUGACGGAUCUCAUUCUCACCAUGAAUAUGACCUUUCCGGACUAUGAUUUUUCCACAAUAAAGCCUACCGACUUCUGCAAGGUCGAAACAAAAGCCACUAUGCAACAAGUCAAUGAACGUUUAAGCGAAGUCGCCGAUCACGAAUCUUCGUUGUUGUCGACCUUGUGGACAGCAGUGGACAAGGUGAUUGACUUGAAAGAUGCAGACGUGUACUCGUAUCAACCCGAAGAAAGCGAUGUUUCCUUUUUGCGACAAUCUCUAGUUUCACCCGAUUCCUUGUCGAUUGAGGAACACGUGGAUGAUGACGAAUCGUCAACGCUCCUGUGGAGUUUCAAUUUCUUUUUCGUCAACAAAGCCCUGCGGAGACUAGUUUUUUUCUCCUGCAUCGAAACCAUGCGGAGGCCACAAAAGGAACGCGAAGGAGACGAACAAGAAGACUAUGUGACGUUUUCAACGGGGGAAAAUACGGACGUAGACUUUGAUUUGGAUCCCUCUGCGACCGCCGGAGGUAUUCCGAUUUCGACGGUGUAG